AUGUCCGACGUGUUUCCAUCCGAAGCGGAUGCCGAGACGCACAUACGACGCGGCCCUGCCAGUUCAGGCUGGAAGGCCAGCAAGGGCCGGCCGAGCAGAAUUAGCAGGCUGCCAGAGCGCGAACGCGACCGGGAAAUUGCAAUGGCAUCCCCGUCACCGACACCCAUAUCACCGACACACAGAACCAACGGAGCCAACGCCAAGAAGCGUGCGGUCACUUUGGAAAGUGACAGGGGUCUAGAUCUUCCCGACCGCUCCACCAGCGCUAUGGGAUCCUGUUCGCCCGUGCCCUCGCCCGUUCCCGACAAGGCGCCUGCGCGAUCAAAUCGCCGCUUAAUGACCGUCAGCCUCGGCAAAAGGACCACCUUUCAGCUCCCGGAGGAAGUGGAACAGCGAGGUCAUGAAGGCCGCAAACGGCAGCUGUCAUUCAUCGAUGCCACAGUGGAGGAAGUUUGGCAAGUAAUCCAAGAGGUUGAGCCGUUUCUGGACUGGUUGCCCGAGUUCUGGGCGCGGGUUCUGACACUGCCAACGCCCCCCUGCAGCAAAAGCCUUUCGCUGAGGUCCUUGGCCAACUGGGUGGGCGCCUACAACCGUUGGCAGCGCAUGGGCCAAUGGACGCCAGGGCAAGCGCCGCUGUACAUGAAUGCCUUUGAGAUGCAGGAGAUGCUGGCCCUUCCCAUGCCGAAAGUCCUAGAGUUUGUCAAGCUCUUCGACCCUGCGGGCUACGAGCGAGUGAACUCCAUCAAGUCGCCACAAGACUACGCCAAGGUGAAGGUUUCAGUACCUGCGUUCCUGACCACCUGCAUCAUGAUGUCUGCCUCCAUCUCCAAGAAGCAAAAGAUGCGCUUCUUGCUAGGCGUGUUUGAUGAGAAUGACAAUCGCACCUUUGAAGAGGGCGAGUUCAUAGCAAUGCUGCAGGCUGUCUUCACUGGCAUGGCGUCCGUCUUUGGGAUGCUCGCCAACAAAGAUGGCAUGCCCUCUACGCAACGAAUGGAGUGCCUGGCCAAACGCCUGUUCCAGAGGAUCUCCGACUCCAGUGGCAGUCUGGGCAGCGAGUCCUUAUCCUUCUCAGUGAUAGAGGAGUGGUUCCUCGGGGAGACGGAUGACCCGCUCAAUGUGCCUUUCGCUCUCUUCAUGGAACGGCAUUCUACGGUAAGCGGGGAAGAUGAUCCCGAGCUCUUCGAGGAUGAAGAUAGGAAGUUUCGGCUGUCACACACUGCUCCGGUGGACCCGCCCAUGGAGACCUCUGCAUCCUUGGACUCCAGCUUCAUAGGUCGACAUGAGACUGUGAUGGCGCGCAAGGUGUUUGACCUCUGCGUGUCACUUGGCAGCUUUGCAGUGACCCACUCCGACGUGGAGAAAGAGCUGAAGCUGACCAUCGAUCCGGAUUUUUGGAUCGGCAAGCUGCACCGUGCACUGGACGAGAUGGAUAACUCCCGGAGUAACGGGGUAAAGACCAACCUCACAGCCUUCUUCAAGAAGCUUUGUCCACGAGCUGCGGCCAGACAUCUGCGAAUGUUCCACAAUUGGCUGAAGGAGUACGAUCAGUUGAUCCAGCUUCAGGAUACCUUGCAACUGAGCCAGAAGAAGCUUCGGAUUCUGAACCAGUACACAUCACUGGAUCCCCUGCCGGCACCCAUUCGGCAAGAGCUGCUGGCAGGCCUAUGCAUAUGCAAGGUUGUCUGA